UCCUGACCGAUAAAAUAUAUUAUUUUAUUAAAGCUGCCAUAGCUGUGUUAUAUCAUAGCUAGACUCGGUCAUAUUGAUAUUUUUGACCUCGUUUAACACUUCCUUUCAGGAAACAUGAGGCUUUGAAAAUGACUGUGGCAGCCUGAAAGAGGGAUGGACCUAAGUCGAAACUUUAUCCUCUCAGCAGAAGUCCAAUCACUCAAGACGCAUUCCAUUGACUCAGUGUUUUCACCUAACUACGUAGUCGGCAUAUUCUGCUGUAGACCCAGUAGAAUUAAAAGAGACGUCUACUGAUAAGUUUCAGGCGAAACGUGAUUGAAACUGGGAAAUACUCUGUGAAAUCCUCAUGCGUUUAAAUAAAUAUCACGCGAGAAAUGGAUGGCGAGCAACGAGUCUGGUGUAGGCCUAUCUGAUUGGGUACAAGAGGUGUGACACAUCGAAGUGACUUCGACAUGGCGUGCUGGCAAUGGUGCCGUCGGACCUGCGUUUGUUGCCUGGACGAUGAAGAGAGGAGGACCAUUGCUAUUGACAAGGAAAUUCAGAGUAUUCUACGACAGCAGAAGAAGAGGGAACGUAAAGAAAUCAAAGUUCUUUUACUCGGCACAGGGGAAAGUGGAAAGACUACCUUCAUCCGACAGAUGAGGAUCAUCCAUGGAAGAGGCUUCUCUGAGGAGGAGAGACGGGACUUUGCCAAGCUCAUUUACCAGAACAUAUUUACGUCUGUGAAGGCUAUGACCCGGGCUAUGACCACACUCAGACUGACCUACGCUUACCCAGACAAUGAGGUGUAUGCCAGGUGUAUUCAGGAAGUGGACACGGUGCAGGUCACCCAGCUGGAACGAGGCUAUGUGGACGCUAUCCGCAGUCUCUGGGCUGACCCAGGCCUCCGUAUCUGCUACAACCGCCGCAGCGAGUACCAGCUGCUGGACUCCACAGAGUACUACAUGACAAAUUUGGACCGCAUAUCUGCCCCAGACUACAUCCCUACUGCUCAGGACGUGCUGCGGGUUCGGUUUCCCACCACCGGCAUCCAUGACUACUCCUUCACCAUAAAGACCAUCACUCUCAGGAUUGUGGAUGUGGGUGGACAGAAGUCUGAGAGGAGAAAGUGGAUCCAUUGUUUUCAGGAUGUGACAUCGCUUAUUUUCCUGGCUUCCCUCAGCGAGUAUGACCAGGUCCUGGAGGAGAGAGAAACUGAUAAACGGAUGGAUGAGAGCCUGGCACUGUUUUACACCACCAUCCACUCCCCCUGGUUCACCAACACCUCCAUCAUCCUGUUCCUCAACAAGACUGACAUCCUGGCUGACAAGAUUCAGACGUCCGACUUGAACAAGUACUUCCCAGGGUUCACAGGAAAGCGGCGCAAUGCUGAGGACGCCAUGAAUUACAUCCGGUUGAUGUACGAGCAGCAAGCUCACAGCCGGGAGAAGUGUGAUGAGAGCAAGACGCUUUACCCCCACUUCACCUGCGCCACAGACACCAACAACAUCCGCCAGGUUUUCAGGGACGUUAAGGACACAGUUCUCCUCAAGUCCCUCAGGGACUAUGGGGUGAUCUGAGGGCCUGGGGGCCAGCCUGCCUAGGUGGCCACAUUCAAAUAACAACCUCUCAGGGCAGACUCUCCCAUACCUUCCUCGCUCUCUUUUCUCCUCUCUCCACCUCAGUGCCAGGAGGGAUGCUGUCUGGCCAAACCCUAUUAUUGCAGAAAUGAAUCUCCCUCUGUAGAGCAAAACAGAAUGGAGUGACUCCUAUGACACACACACUACUCUGUGUUUUUUUCCCCUCUGGUUGUUAUUUUGUAAUGAUGUGUGUGAGGACUUGGAGAUGCAGUGGCUCUUCUGAUUGAAACUGGACUAGUGAUGUCAUGAAGUUUGUGCCUGCGUUAUAUCAUGAAGUUUGAUGACGGCUGGACCCGGCCACUGUGUCUCCUGACCCCACUGGUAGAAAAUGUCUCUGCUCUUGAGGUCACUACGAAUGCUUCCUCUUCAUCUGUGUGUUCAAUUAUCCCUACUUAACACAGACAGUAGCCAUUACACACAGCUACUUGACACCUCAGUAUGAAAAGCUACCACCAAUCAAGCCUUGUGUACCAUGUAGUGAUUGGUUUGUAUUUUAAUUGGUAUGACCGGUUGACACCUAUAAUUCUCACUGGUUCUGAUGUGUGAUGGAGGCAAAAUAAAAUUGUGAGAAGAGGUGUUUACUAUAGCUCUCACCAGAUGUCGUAUUGGGUGUCAUGAAGGGGUUUCACUGACACAGUAUUAUAUGGAAUGCAAUCUGGUACUGGAUUCACUGGUAGGGUUGUUGGGUUGCCUUCUUGGGGUGGAUUGUCUUUUCCCCGGUGUGUCUGCCAUGCUGCAUAUUGUUUUCAAAUGGCAUAUGGUAAUAUUAGCUCCAAAGAAUCAGUAUGUUAACCAACUAAUGAGAGUGCUUAAGAGUAGAAGUUAUGUACAGGGUUAAUACUAGCUAGAAAGCAUGCUGUUGUUCAGGCCGAAAUAUAUAAAAAAUCUCAAUUAGAGCUGCUAUUAGGUGGCUUGGAGAGGCCAGUUAAAUCAUUAGCCGGGUGUAGUGGGAGGCUCAGUCCUUAUUACUGAGAGCUCUAAAAACCCAACAACAAAAAACUGAGUAUUUAUGACUUGAAUGAUGACUUUAGGGCUUGGAUUUGAGCUCCAGAGUUUUUCUGAUAAUCGACUAGGGCUCUGCAGCCGUGGCAGUGGUUACGCAACAAAACAACGAUUUCUUUAUUGUCUCAAUUAUCACCAACCACACAUUAUUUUUUUUAUUUUUAAUUGGCUUUUAGUCCCCUAUCAACAUUUAUGGUCAGUCAAUACUUUGUUUAGUAGGCUCGGGUUGUGGUCAACAAGUUCAGUAGGAAUUCAAAAUAUACCGAUUUUAUAUUGGUGUCAUUUAUUGAUAUGGUCCUUAUUAAUAAUAGGUGUUUUGCCUGCAAUGUUUGAAAAUGCUUUUCAGUUUUGUAAUUUCCACUUAGAAAUGUCAAAUCAAACAACAAAAUGCACAUGAAUUAUAAUCCACGUAAUUACUUAUGAAUAACAGAAAACGUUAACCUCCCAUUUGGGUUGAAUGUGUAAUAUACGUUGUUUAUUUUUGUAUAAUCUAUAAUUACGAUCAGUAUCAAAAGGUGCAAACCUUUUGUGUAGAUUUGGGGAGAAUUUGGGAAAAGAAAUUUAACAAAAUAUAUAUCAUAUUGUUUUGGUGUCCUCAGUCUGUGGUUCUCAUGGGAAAAGUAGUUUGUUUACAUGUGUUGACACCAUGUGUUGACUUGUGUGCUACAUAGCUUGUCCUGUUAAGCUCUGUCAGACAUUUUAGGUCUUUCCACAGAUGUUUCAUAGUUUUCAAGUGUGUGUUCUGGGCCACUAAAGGAAAUUCACAGACUUGUCUUGAAGCCACCCCUGCCUUGUCUUGGCUGUGUGGUUAGGGUCAUGCAAAUGGGCUUUCAUAUGCUUUUUACUGAGUGGUCUCACCUCCAUGUUCCAAGGACCUUCUCCCAGAUUGUUUCGGUUGGCCGGGCGACCAGCUAUAGGGAGAGUGUUGGUAGGUCCAAACUUCUUCCAUUUAACAAAGAUGGAUGCCACUUUUGUUGGCUCUUGGGAACCUUCAAUGCUACAGAAAUGUUUUGCUACCCUACCCUAGAUCUGAGCUCUACGGACAAUUCUUUCAACGUUUUGGCUUGGUUUUUGCUCUGAAAUACACUGUAAACUGGGGGACCUUAUACAGACAGUUGUGUGCCUUACCAAAUUGUAGUAUUCUGAUUGUAUUAUUGUUGUAUGAAUGUAUGUUUUGUUUUCUAAUUGUAAUUAAGCUAAUUUAGAUUUAGAUAAGUUAAGGAAAAAUAAAACAUCUGUGUUCAGAUUCUCUCUAAGGAAAUCACACUCCGUCAACCUCACCAAUGUGUGACAGAUCAUUUGGCUUGAGGGUUGUCGUGGUGUUCUGGGGGUCACAUAAUGACCACAUUAUUCUCGAUAGACACGACUAUCUUGUAUUUAUUACACAACAAUCAUCUUAUGAUGAGAUGAUGUAUCGAGCAUUUGUGAAAACAGCUAUACUGCAAUUCCAAUAAAUAACUAAAUGUC